UCGGGGUCCUGCUCUAAAAGUCAGUCACGUCAUUUCCAGCGCGGAGCACCUAAGCGGCUAAAGCCCGCUAGAAUAUCCGGAACGUGCCCCGCUGAACAAGCUCCCUAAACCGUCCCUGAGCUCCUGUGAACAGCGCUAGGAACAGGGAUGACAUCGACCCGACCCACUGGAUAUCGCUAAACCACCAGUCUACAUCACAGCUUCCAAACCCUCCAUCUCCUAUCCUCCACGAUGAUCAACAGCACCACCUCACAACGCUCAAAAUGACAUCCACCCAACCGCCACAAAACCCAACCCUCAAGCCCCCUCCACUAAGCAUCCCACAACCACCGCCCCUGCUCCUAACAAUCCGCUUCAGCACCGCAAUCCCCGACCUCGAACUCGACAUCCCGCGCCCCUCCACCACAACCGUCAUCUCGCUCAAACGCACCAUCCGCCAACGCCUCUCCGAGCCCAACUCCCAGCGCCGCCUGCGCUUCAUCCACGGCGGCAAAAUCCUCCCCGACAGCGCAGCGUUAAGCUCCGUGCUCCGCGCACCUCUCCCCCCACCCCCAUCCUCACCCAGCCUCGGUCUCGGGCUCGGAUACCCGGGCGAUUCCAAAGGCAAGGGAACCGACCACCACAGCAAUAACAGCAACAAUGCCAGCGGAAAAGGGAAAUCAAUCCCAGGGCGACCGGACCCUUCGCAGCGGAUCUACGUAAACUGCAGUAUAGGCGACAGCCUCACAACCGCGGAACUCCAAACCGAAGCAACCCAAGCCGCCGCGCCCGCGCCCCCAUCGCCUCUCCUGCCCCCCUCCCCAUCCGGGACCCCCCUCCCCAGCACCCCGCUGCCCAGCACAACCGCCGCGCCACGGGGUUUCGACCGUCUGCUCAGCGCCGGCUUCAGCGCCGCAGAAGUGAACCAGCUACGGCUACAAUUCCGAAGCAUCCAGUCCUCGCGAUACACACCCGACACGCUCCCCUCGCCUGACGGGUUCCGACGAAUGGAAGACGCGUGGAUCGACGACAACGGGGCCUCGGUGCCCACGACAUCGCUAUCGAGUCCAGGAGGGGCAGGGGGCACGGAUAGCGAUGACGUGGGGUUAGUGGCGCUGGUGGAUGUGAUGAUCCGGGGGGUGAUGACGGGGUUUAUGUGGCCGUUGGGCAGUGCGGGGUGGCUUGUUCGCGAGGAGGGGAUGGCGAGUGGGCGGUGGAGGUUUAUGGUUGGGGUUGGGGUGGUUUUUAGUGUUUUGAUUGGGAUUAUUAGGAGUAUUUCGGGGGAGAAGUGAGGAGGGAAGAUGUACUUCUAUUGCAUAGCGUACUUGGGAGGAGGUGUGGAGAGUGUAAGGAUUUAGACUUGAUGGGAAGAGAAGGUGUACAUAUAUAUACAUAUGCAUCGGACGGCGUCAAGUUGGGAUCAUCUAUCAUGGAACGGCGUUUAAGCGGUUAAGAGCAAAUACCAUACACGCAUUUAUCACCACAGCAGAGGAAGAUAAGACAAGCAUACGGGUUGGACAUCGUCAACACUGGCGAUGCCCAAGUUCUCUAUCUAAGCAUACUACCAGAAACUCGAAAGACCUCAAGAGAGUGCUACUCCUCGAAAAAGAAGCAACACAGCCCAUCAGGUACGGUCUCUGUCAUCGAUCCCGAAACAAAGUGGUAUCCCAUCCGUGAACUCCGUGACGAAAUGCAGGUCGUGAGCCU